CGGGCGGGGGCGGCCCCGGCAGCCGCGGUCAGGUGGCACCGCCGAGACGGAGCCGGCCGAGCACGAUAAAAGUCCCGGCCCGCCGCCGCCACGGCCGCGAGGGAGCGCGGAGCCGCCGCCCGGGAGCCAUGCUCAGCGUUGGACACGCUCCCUGAGCCGUCCCAGCCCCAGCAGCCCAGGGCACGCGGUGCCACUCCGUGACUUAGAGCAGGACUUUGUGACCAAGGUGACUCAGCAGCGGGAGCUCUCGCUGUCCUGCCGCCACCAGGCCAGACAAUCCCUCCCUUGGCUGCAGAUCCCCUUGGCUCUCUUCCCAUAAUGGAAGCCUGAGUGCCAGGAUCCUCCAUGACCUCCAGAAGCCACAACUCCCUGCCGAGAACUCUGAUGGCUCCGCGAAUGCUCUCCGAAGGUGCCCUGGGGGGCAUCGCCCAGAUCACGCCCUCGCUGUACCUGAGCCGGGGCAGCGUCGCCUCCAACCGGCACCUGCUGCUGUCCCGGGGCAUCACCUGCAUCAUCAACGCCACCAUCGAGAUCCCCAACUUCAACUGGCCGCAGUUUGAGUACGUCAAAGUGCCUUUGGCUGACAUGCCCAACGCCCCCAUCUCGCUGUACUUCGACAGCGUGGCCGACAAGAUCCACAGCGUGGCGCGGAAGCACGGCGCCGCGCUGGUGCACUGCGCCGCCGGCGUCAGCAGGUCGGCCACGCUCUGCAUCGCCUUCCUCAUGAAGUACCACAAGGUCUCCCUCUUCGAGGCCUACAACUGGGUCAAGUCGCGGCGCCCCGUGAUCCGGCCCAACGUGGGCUUCUGGAGGCAGCUGAUAGACUACGAGAGGAAGCUCUUUGGGAAGACCACGGUUAAAAUGGUACAGACGCCCUAUGGCAUCAUCCCAGACGUUUACGAGAGAGAGAGGAGACCCCUGAUGCCUUACUGGGGAAUUUAAUGGGACUGCAGAGGGGAAGCACGACGGAAGGGACGCGCUGUUUCGAGUCCACCAGACUGGAGAUGUUCCCUUCUCCUUCUACAGCCAACUUUGGUUCUCCACCAUACAGCAGAACCUCAAUUCUCACCUCACUAACCUGCAAGGCCAACGAUUCCCUUCAAAGCAUUUUUCUCUAUGGGGAUUUCCCAUCUGCAUCUCUGAUUUAGCAAAACCAGGUCUCAUUAUAAGUUUAUUCCUUCCAUAAAGCCUACGUCUAUUUUUCCUUUUUUUAGUCAGUUUAUUAGGAUCCUGCGAGGAAGGGCCUAAGAGGCGUUGGGCAGAGUGGAUGGCCCAGGCGUGCUUUGUGCUGCAGUAGUAGCCUGGAUAUUUUGUUAUAGCUUGUUUGCUUCCUUGCAAAACCCUGUAGUGGCUCAGGAGCAGCACUGGCGAGGCCCUGCUCCACAGCAGCAGGUUUUCCAAGCACCAGGGAGGCAGGAAUACAGGGGCUGUGGUGCUGGUGUUUUCUUUAACAUUCAUAGUGACUCUCAGUAUAUAGUGUUUGAGAUCUUUAGUCAGCUCUUAAUCGUAUUCAAAGUUAGGGGGGAAAAAAGGGAAAAAACGAACAAACAAACAAAAAGAUUGAAUCAGUCCGUGUCGGCCACAAGUAAAAUAAAAAUUGAGCAAUUCAAAUCAAAUAAAUACAAGAUCCUUUUUCACUCAUUCCAUGCCAGGGCAAUAGUCCUGGAAUACACUUCAACUGCUGGAAAAUGCUGGUGUGUUUUGUGGGUGGAAAGCUGACAGAUCUUGUCCAGAAGCGAGGGGGUUGAAGCCGCUGGGCAGCCAAAGAGACGCUCAGGAAUGUGUGCGUGGCCCCUGCCCGGGCUGGGCUGGGCUGGGUGAGCAGCAUCCCUGCAGGCAGCCCAGCCUGGGAGGGCUGAACCCCCCCGGGAGGGCUGAACCCCCCGGGGAAGGCUGAACCCCCCGGGGAAGGGUGAACGCCCUGCCCGGGGAAGGCUGAAUCCCCCGGGGAAGGGUGAAUCCCCCCGGGUUCCUCAGCUCCAGCUCCCCUCGGGACCUGCCUUAGCCCAUUCCUGCCUCUCUCCAUUCCGUCCUCAAGGUUAUGCUGCAUUCCAGGGCUGCUCCUCUCUGUCCCCAGGGUGGUGACAGAGGCCUGGCCUUGCUUGGAGUGUGCCAGGAGCGACUCCAGCCCCAGCCCUUCCCUGGAGAAGCCUUCCCGUGGCUCCAGGGGCAGGGAUGGUUCCUUGGAGUGUGACUGGAGCCCUGAGAAGGCACCAGAGUUUCUGUUGCCUCUGGAGGAGGAGCAGGCAGAGUGCUGCGAUCGCUGUCUGAUUUAAAUGAGAUUCUAUACUUGUAAAAAAAAAAAAUCAAUAAAGAUUAAACCAGAA